CAUCCCACCGGUACAGUUAGAGAAGAGCGCCGUUAGACGAACUAAUGUGUUAUCGCGAUGUUAUUGUAGGAUCUGCUUUUAACAUAUGUGGACCUGUAGAUGUGCAAACUGCAAACAAUCAGGUGUUUAUAAGAAAUGGAUAAAAAUUAUUCAGAGCUGAGGUUAUGAGCUCCUUUCAUAUGCAGUUAAGCUUGGGCAAGUGUAUCCUGUGAACAAUCAACUUAGUUUUUCCUGGAUCAAGCCUUGUUACUGGACCCACCCUAAUUAGUGUGUAAACCAAUUAAACAUGUAACCAACUUGGUUUCCAAAGAGCAAGGACUUUUGAAGCAUGUUAAAUAGGUUUUGGCUAGAGGUAUACUUGUCUUGGAAGUUUUAGUUGUAACAGUGGGGCUGUGAGGAAAGUAAAGCUAAAGCAGUGAUGAGGCCUUUCACCCAAUACCAGGGCUCAUCUUUUCAUGUGGGAUAUGACAGACACAGUAGUGGCAUAUGUGCUAUUUGUGCUAGUAGUUGCAUGAACAACAACAAUUAUGGUAUGAACUAGAGUAAGUAGGAAACUGCCUUGGUAUUUUUAUCUAAACAAUGGAUUGAAGUGAGUCAUUGCCUUAAGCAGCAAAUUCAAGAAGUAAUCAAGGAUUGCAGCAGCUCCAUUCGUAAGAUAGUUAAUGAAGAAAGUUAGCUUUGUGAAGUUCUAUCCAUGGCACUUCAAAAUUACUCGGAUAUGACCUUAUUACAAGAGAUGAUGAGAGGAGAUGAUGGUUCUAGCACAAUUGGGCCUCCUCCAGUGGACAUGAUUCUGAAGAGAGUAGAAGACUUAGCUGCAAAGAAACAGGAAGACAUUGCAUUAAAACUUUGUGAGUUAAGUAAGAACACUAACCAGAACAUGUUCAAUACUUUGGAUAGCUACAGUGGGAUUGUCUCUGAAGAAUUAGAACAGAAUGUCCAGCAACAAAAAAAUCAGAAAGUCUUUAUUUGGCAGUUGCUGCUUCUACAUCGCACAGGGAGAGUUUCAGAACUAGUUAGAGAGAUUGCCAGUUGUAGUUGUCACCAAGGUGUUCAGCUGAUUCAUCAAGUAAGAAAUAGUAGUGAGCCUGAUGCUAUUAACUUAGCUGAAACUCUAAUUCAUGUGUUUCUAGUCCGAGAUUUGCUUGUUCCAUCAAACUACUGCUGCACUAAGGACUUGAUGAGUUUGUGGUGCAGUCUACAAGUAGAGCAGAAUAGAGAUGUGGAAGAUGUUUGUAUGGCAGCACAGAUGCUAUUGGUUCAGCAUGCUUCUACUAGCGCACAUUUUUAUUUGUUUGUAGAUGUACUGUGGGAAGAAUAUGAGCAGUUGAUGUUACCAUUGUACUUGGAGUUCUAUGUACGAGGUUUGACAACAGAUUUAAAUUUUCUGGAGGUUGUCAGGUCAGAGGGCUUUGCAGAUCAAAUAUUAGAGCUAGAAAUCCAUAUUGCUUGCAUGUUUAGUAAGCUGGGUACACUUUUUGAAAGAAAACAAGAUGAGAUUGCCUUUGAAUGUAUAUUAAGUGCUUUCAGUAUAGAUCCAACUUGGAAGAAGUUAAAGAUGCUAGAAGACAUAAAGAAACGAAUAGUAACAAAAAAUACAAGAUCACAGUGUGUUGACACUAUUGUCUCUGAAGAAUUUCUUGAAGCAUUACCUCGAGUUCAGGAUUGGGUGGUCAACAGCAAUGAGACUGUAAACAAGAAUUGUCUUUGUGGUAUAAAAUGUUUUACUCCUUCAGAAGAAUCAGAGGUUAUGGCUCACAUAUGUGAAGAUGGAAGACCACAGUAUCUUUAUCAUUUUCCACAUCCAAUAUUAGAUUUGCAUAUUCAAGGUGUGUCAUAUUCUCUCCUCAAAGACUUUGUGAUGGUACUAGAGUGUAUGCGAUGCUACACAUUAAACCGCUGUAAUACUUGGGAAGAAAUGCAACAGGUAUGUCAAAAUUAUCUUGUCACCACAUCUACCCUGAAGACUAUAAUCCAACACAGGCACAUAUAUGAAAACUCAGACAGUGAGAUAGACUCGGUGUCCGAAAAUGAUUUUAUAGGGAACAAUGUUGAAACCAUGCAGCAAAGUAUUAACCCUCUUUUUCCGUUAUCUACUAUUAACAAUAGAAGUAGGUCCAACCUUCAUGCUGUUUAUAAUUUACCACUGUCAAUGACGAAAAGGACUAAGAAAAUUCAAAAGGUUAAUAAAGGCCUAAGAAAAGGAUCUUUCAGUAAACUAAAUACUUUAAAAGAAUCACACACAAAAAAGGAGAAAACUAUGAUUGAGAAUGAACUUAAAAAGAAAAGGCAGAAAAAAAAGCGAAGAACUAAGAAGGAAAAAGACCGUGAUGGUUCUGGUGAAGUAGGACUUGAAAAAAUUAAAUGUAAAAAACGAAGAUUCAAGAAGAAAGAUAAAAUUAGAGGUCAGAUUAUACAGUGUUUGUCAUUUCUAGGACUUGCACCAGCUUUAAACAGCUUUGAAGUUGACUUAGCAUCUCUGGUUAAUAAAUGUGUUGAUGUUUUAUUGUCACAGUUGAAUUGUAAUGUGAUUACUUCCAUGAAAAAAAAACAGAUUCUUACUUCAGCAUCAAGUGGUUUAGUUCAUGAGCAAAAUUCCAACAUUGCACUUCUGUCUCACCUGCUUUCUUCAGGAGUCAUUGGCAAUUCUGAAACAGAAAAAAUUGUCCAGCAGCUUCUUCAGAUUGAAAAGAGAAGAAGGAAGAGGGCAAGAAUUCAAAAACUAAAGAAAUCCAGAUUUGCAGAGAGGACUCAUAAACAAAAACCUGUAGAAAACAAACAAAUAAGCUUUAGAAAGGUCAAAGAGAAGAAACAAGGAAAAAAGAUUGUGAAAAAAAUCUCUAAAAAUAGCAUUAAGUCAUUUACUCAUAAGAAUUUAGAUUCUUUUGAAACUCCCAAUUUGUCAAGCAAGCCAAGGUGUUUAAUUGGAAUAAACACAAAAUGUGCUUUUACCACAUUUACUCCAACACCUCCAAAACAAAUUUUUGCACCUUCUGAUCUUGCAAAGAAACCUCUUACUUUAUCCCCAGCUAGAAGAUCUUCAAGAACGGAAGAUAGACUUCCAAAUGGAAAACAGUGUGAAGUGUCUUACCCCCUAAACCAGCCAGUUUUAUGCAAAAAACUAAGAGACUCGUAUUGUUUUCGAGGAAUAGCUGCAUCAAAGGAUUGUCUUUCCACAGUAACUACCAUAGUGUGCAAAACAAGGCCAAGCACUAUUCCCAUCUUGCACAGUACUGAAAAAACUGACUCUACCAUUGUUUCAACAUCUCCAUCUUGUAUUUCACCUUCCAUUGCACCAUUGUCAACCAUAAGAGUCCCUAUCAUUGUAAGCAACAAAAGCAUGACACAGAAGCCAACCUCUACCUUUACAUCAUCCCCUGUUUUGAACAAUAAAACUCUAAACCAAGAGUGUCCAUCCCAUAAGUUAGAACCACAAGCUGAUGCAACUAUUUUAUUUUCAGUGAGUGCAGCAGAAAAGCUGAACAUAUCACAUCAGCAACUGUUAGAGAUCAGCCAACAUGUACCUGCUGUGGCAACUCUAACUUUACCUGGUUGGAGAGAUGGUGGUGGAGGCCAUAAUAGUGGUGCAAGAGUGCUAACAGGAAGAGUAGUUAUACCAGUAAACAAUCUAAACAACAACAAUGAUUUGUCAAAAGAAACUUUUUGUACACAAAAUUCAGCAAUAAUGUCUUCAGAAUCUGGCAAUCCUACAACUGUUGUUAUACCAAGUGUUAUCAUUGUCAAAGGUGCUCCUACAAAUCCUGAAAACAAGGUUUCUACCAAAGAAAACUUGUGCCAAAAUUUAGGAUAUCAAAAAGAUCAGAAGAGGAAAUGCAUUUGGUCACCAGUAAGGAAUCGUCCAGUAUCUCUAGAAUACUGUAAAAACUUGGGUCAUAAGAAAUUAGGUGUUGGGAGCAGUCAGAAAACAAUUGUUGCAUCUGAAUCUAGAAUGAAUCUUAGCAGUGUCCCUGUUUGUAUUCAAGCUGUUAAUAGUGAUUUGAAAGCUACUACCAUUACCUCAGAACAGUCCCAAGUUGUAAAUUCUUUGGUGAAUGUGAGAAGUAACCAAAAGAUCAUGGGUCUAGUUUCCACAACUGGAGUUACCAUUACAUCUGAAUCUGUGUAUAUUCAUGCUGGUGAAGGAAAUUUACCAUUUACCACAAUGAUUGCUGGUAAGUCUGAGGUUUUGAGUUCAGUCUCCAGUACACAGUUGGUUCGAAAUCCUGCAUCACAGAGAUCAAAUCUGCAAGCUGAAGAAAACAGUCAGUCUGAUAGUUCAAAUCAAUAUAUUGUAAUUAAAAGUUCUGGAAACCCAAAAUCUAUUUUUGUUACUGCUGUAACCACUACUACCACAUGUUCAAAAAUUUUAGGGAUAAAGAAGGACACCCAGACACUAACCACAAUGCCUAUGGUAACAGAAAGUGACUCGUAUCAAAAAAUGUCUGUUAGAAUUUCAGAAACAGGAGUCAGCAACCUUUCGUCAACUAAUUCUACUGUACUUGUUGGGUUGCCUGCUGUGGCUAAAUCUGUGUCUAGUGGUCAGCGUAAACAUAUGAAUGAUUCUAAAUCCUUGUCAUUUGUUACAGUCCAGACAACAAGUGUUCCAGGUAAGACCAUAAAAUGUUCAACUCUGAAGAAAUUAAAACCAAAAGGAGAAAGUGGGAAGCAUCCAAAACUUAUUUCAAAGCCAAAGGCACAUAGUAAAAAAUCUCAUAUUGUUAGUGGGACUUUUACAUUUAGUGAACGUUCUACUGGCUUAGUGAAGAGGACUCUGGGAAGUCAUUCAGCAAAAGAAUCUCAGUUUACCUCAACCCCAUGCUCUCGGGAAGGAAGCGUAAAUAUUCAUUUUUCUGCAGCAACUGUAAAUGGUAUUCAAUCCGAAGAGAUUUCAGUGGAGUGCACUACUCAGUUAAAGAUUUCAGCAGCAUUGAAUAAGCCCCUUCCAACUACUGCAGGAACUGUCCAGGUAAAAACUGAAACACCAACUCGUUCACUGUCAUCCAUUAGUGAUGCAGUUCGGGUGAGUCUAAUGAUGAUGGAUGAUAAUUCUAGUGGAUCAGAUGGCCAGGUAGUACUAAACUAUUCACAGUAUAUGAAUUAUGAAGACAAUGGAAGUAUCCCUCAGACAUCUUCAGCUACUUUCUGUGGAAGUUUGGCAACCCAUCCAUUACCAUCUUGUGUGGGUGAAAAUACAUCAUUGUUGCCUUUUCUGACUAGUGCCUCUGAUUUGGACUAUCAAAGAUAUGGGAUUCCCCCUUACUCUCUUUCCCUCUAUCCAAACACAUCCUGGAAACCUGAAGAAGAAGAAGGAGAUACAGAAACAAAACCAAAGAAAAAAGCACAUCGUAAAAAAUCUUCUAGUAAUGAAAAGCAGUCUAGUGGGAAGCAGAAGAAGGAAGAUACUAGUAUUCCAAGCACUUUAUCAAACAGAAAAUUGUCAGAAGGUACAAAGAAAUUCUGGUGUAUCUCUUGUAGUAGAAGUUUUUUUUCAGCUUACAAUUUGAGGAGACAUCGUAAAAAUGUCCACAAAAUGGAUCUUCCUUCUCAUGGGUCAGGUUUGGAAACACCAUUGUCUACAUUGGAAUCAGUUUCUUUGAAUAUGCCUUUUGUUUCAUGUUCACAGAGUGACAUAGAGGGUGAAAUUUCAUCCAAUCAUCAAGGAACAUCAAUUCUAGCCACUGAUCAAGAAAGUCAAAAUACUCCUUGUAUAACUUUCCCAGAGAAUAUCAAUUGUCAAUCUUCUGCUCUUACUGAUCUACAACCUGUUGUUACUCAAGUACCAGGACCUUUCCAAUAUACAAGAAAUGAAAUCUUACCAUCUAGUACAUCUUUGAUUGGGGAGCCUGGUGUUUACCCUGUUCCAGUAGUUGCUGUCCACAGAGGGAUGAAUUCCCAGUUUGGAUCUGUUAUGAAGCAUUCUCAGGCACAUGUAAGUACAAGUAAGUCCAGCAGGAGUAAUUCCAUAUCUCCUCCUGUGGUUACAGUAACCCCGUCAAGAUCAUUUUCUGUUGAUUUUGAUCCUUUGGUUACAAAGGAAUACUCUUCUCUUCAGCCUUUGCCACCAGGAGAUGUAGACUUCAGUGGUGUGAAAGAAAUACUUCAUAGUACUGAAAAAUGGGAACAUCUUCAACCUAUAUCUGUGAGCCUCCCCUCAGAGGUUGGAGUGAUGUUAACUCCUCCAGAAAUAUCCGUUUCUUAUGGUGCACCUCAAGUGCUUAAAUUCUCUGAUACUUCUGUUAGUUCCAUGGUGCCCCAGGAACAGUCAAUUCCUAACAUAUUAGUAGAGAAUGUAUACAACAGCUCCAAUUGUUGUGUUAAAAGUGGAACAUCUUCAGUUAGUUCAUCAAAGCCCAGUCAAGGAGGAACUUGUGAGAGUUCAAAUUGUGGUGUACAGAGUAUGAAACAAGUUCAUCCAGAAUUAAUCUCUGCCAGCAGUAAGCUAUUGGAGGACACCCAUGAUACAUCAGAUAGGGGCCAAGACAUAUAUUUAGGUAGUCAAAAAAGCUUCAAUGAUUGUCAGAAAAAUAAUUUAAGCGGUGAGAAGCUAAACAAAAAUAAAAUUGUCACUUCUAACUGCCAUGAAAACAUGGACUAUAGUGAAAAUGAUUCUUUCAAUAGGUAUGAAAGCUAUGAUCCAGGACCUGGUGCUAUAUUUGAUAGAAAUCAAAACAUGGAUAAUAGUGAUGUUGUUAUUUCAAGUAAUAAAAAAGUUUCGAAUAAUGAUAUUUACAUUAAUUCGAGUGAUCAAAAGAAUAUAGAUGUUAGUGAAGAUGCUGUUUGUGAAGGUUUACAAGUAGUGAACAACAACCAGAACGUAGAUGUUAGUGAAGAUGCUGUUUGUGAAGGUUUACAAGUAGUGAACAACGACCAGAACGUAGAUGUUAGUGAAGAUGCUGUUUGUGAAGGUUUACAAGUUGUGAACAACAACCAGAAUGUAGAUUUUAGUGAAGAUGCUGUUUGUGAAGAUUUACAAGUACUGAACAACAACCAGAACAUAGAUGUUAGGGAAGAAGCUGUUUGUGAAGGUUUACAAGUAGUGAACAACAGCCAGAGCAUAGAUGUUAGUGAAAGUGCUGUUUGUCAAGGUUUACAAGUAGUGAACAACAGCCAGAACAUAGAUGUUAGUGAUGAUGCUGUUUGUGAAGGUUUACAAGUAGUGAACAACAGCCAGAGCAUGGAUAUUAGUGAUGAUGCUGUUUGUGAAGAUUUAAAAGUACUGAACAACAACCAGAACAUAGAUGUUAGUGAAGAUGCUGUUUGUGAAGGUUUACAAGUACUGAACAACAGCCAGAACAUAGAUGUUAGUGAAGAUGCUGUUUGUGAAGGUUUACAAGUACUGAACAACAGCCAGAACAUAGAUGUUAGUGAAGAUGCUGUUUGUGAAGGUUUACAAGUACUGAACAACAGCCAGAAAACCAUUUGUGGAAGCCAACAGAACUUUGACAGUAGCAGUCAUAAGAGGGUGUAUGAAAACAUAAUUAGCAUAUCAUCAGAAAUUUCAUUGAGAGAGAAAAUAUCAAAUGAAAUCAAUGAAACCUGCAGUGAAUCAAAAGUGUGUUCACAAGAAUGUGCAAUUUCUGAAAUGGCAGAACAACUGAAAACUUAUUCACCACCUGAAAGUGUGACUAAAACUACACAAACUAUAACUCAAGGGCAGGGAUGCAAAAAUGAAGAUUUUGUUUCAAAACUUGGAUGUGCCUUUAGCCCAGUCACAAGCCUAACUAGAGUUCUGCAACCCAAUAUAAAACUGUCAACUUGUGUUGGUUACGAGACGGUUGUAGAUGCUGGAUACGUUUCUACUACAGCUGAUGGUGUGACAAAAGAGUCGCAAUCCACAACAUGUGUUACUCUGAAGCAUGAAAGUCCAGACACUGUUGUAGAUACGAGUUUGUCUGAUUUGAAUAAAAGUCUGACUGAAGUAUUACUAUCUGAAAAUAAUAUCUUUAAAAGCAGAAAUUUAGAAGUUGCAAAAGAUUCAAGUUCUGAAUUGGCUAGAAAAAAUAUCACUGAAGAAUUACAAAUGGAAAAAAGCAUUUUGAAAAUCAAAGCUGAAGAAGCUAUUUUAAAUGACACCGUUUCUAAUUCUGUACAAAUUACAGCUAAUGAGACCAAGACUAAGAAACGUCUCUUGAGACAGGGAAUAAGAGACACUUCCUUGAGUGAUGCCUGCUCGUCUAGUGUACCUGUGAUUCUAGCUAAAGAUUUGCUAUUAGAAAGAAGUAUAUCAAGGGUUAAAAGUCAGGAACUUAACGAAGUUACAAAUAGUAAUAACUCUACCGGUUGUUUGGCUAAAGAUACAAAAUUUCAAAGAUCUGCAUCAAGAAGAAAAAAUCUAGAAAAUGUGCAUGAUACUGAUUUAGCGAAAACUAUUAGUGACUGUAAUCAACGACAAGAAAUGUUAUUGGAAAAUAAAAGUCAAGAUAUUAGCGACAACAACAUACCAUUUCCAAGACAUGAAACAACAAUAGCGAUAGAUGGGUUGAAAAAAGACAGCAAAAUAUUCCCUGAUGGAAUUAUUAUCAAUAAAGAGGAUCUUGAUGCUUCAAAUACAAAUACAAAUGGAACGGAGUCUAGCAAGCAGUCAUCUCUUGAAAAUUAUAUUGUACCUUUAACAAGUUCUUCAAUAAUUGAAAACAUAGAGAAGAUUCCAGAAUCUGAAGAUAUGUAUAGACCAAACUGCCAAACACGCCGCUGGAGCAUCAAAUGCCUUCAACUUUCUGGAAGAUCAGAGGGGAGCAGCUCAUCAUGUAUAGAGGAAGAAAGUCAAAGUGAAGAUAAAUACAAUCUUCCGGAAGGUGGUAUUAGAGGUCGGACACGAUCUAGAGAUAUCUCAAAACAAUCACUGAAGCGCAAUUGUACGUGUUGUGAAAAUUCUACAAGAACUUCAUCAUUCUCCAAAAGAUGUCGUAUUACAACCAGUAACAGAGGUUCUCGAACACAAAAUCAAAAACAGAUGUUGUCAAAAAUUAAUUUACGAAAAACUCGAAGUUCAGUUCUGAGUAGUGGUGUCAGAACGAGGUCUUCUAGGUCAAAAUGUCGCCCCAUAGUUUAUUUGUGAGAGUUUUGCUUUUAAGUCAAACGAACUUGUAAGAACUCCUUGUGUCACAUGUACAGAUUCUUAUGAAAGUUUUAGUAUUAUUUUAUCGUCAAGAAUUUGAAAUGAUAAAAAUAGUGGAAUUUAAGAGAAAUUUAAAAUGAAGCUUUAAAAUUCAAAUCUGUGCAUGCACUUGUAAAUAAAAAAUUAAUACACUGCUAAAUAAUAAAGGAAAGCUUGUCAUUUAAAGAAGAUUAAACAGUUUUGUAUAAUUGUAGCCCAGUUAUUAUUAAACAACAUGAUUUGUUUUCAAAACCUUUAUUGCAAGUACAGUUUGAAGACACUAAAUUAUUUGAUACAGGCAUUAUAUAAAUGUCCACUUUUCAGUUAUUCAGUUUCAUAAUUAUCUUCCAAAGCUUUUAUAAUAUUCUUAUGUUCAAAAUCAUAAAUUUUAAAUAAGUUGCAAGACAUUUUUAUGAAAAUGUUUAUAAAUAUGAAUCAGUUACUUUUGCACUAAAUGCACCACUACAUUACCACCAGUCACAUUCUGCACAAACAAAAUUUCCAGUUUGUUAGUGAAUGUACCUUAAAGUCGUUAGUAAGAUGUGUUUGCACAUCCCAUGAAAUCACGAUAUGCCACAAGAUAACUUUAAUGUGGACAAAACUUAAUGAUGCAAGACUUCUUUUAAUUUUGUUUUAAGAAGUUGAAGUUAAUACUAUUGUAUUAAAGCUUUUAUAUGAGUAUGUUAUAACAUGCACGAGUUUGGAAACAUAACAUGAUGUAGC